UACUUGGAUCACUCCUGCAAAAAUACUGACAGCCUGGAAGAGCCCUCAUUCUGAUGCAGCCCUAUCCCACCACAGCAGACAGCAAGUCCAUUCAACAGCAGUCAAAAUACCCGUCGGUGGAGGUUGGCCUCAUGUCCUGAACAGUAUUAGAUAAGGACUGUGUGUCUUCCUAAUGUCUUCUGGUUCUCUUAUCACAUUCAUACUCUCUCUCUCUCUCUCUCUCUCUCUCUUAAUUCGAGACUUAUGGAAUAUUAGAAGAGGAGUCAUUAACUCCUGCUUGCCUUUUUAAAUGCUGUAGUUCAGUCAAUAUACGAUGCCUUCCCAGUAUCCUCCCAGUCUCCGGAUCCAUCUGCCUGCGUUCAUUCUCUUUUUGGAAGCUGCUUUCAUCCUCAUAUUUGUCUUUUUCAUCUCAUAUGACCACCAAAGUGUUCAAAAUGACCUUGCUGUCUACCCAGCAUUUCAAGAUGUCAACAUCAUGGUGAUUUUGGGAUUUGCCUUCCUCCUGGCCUUUCUGAGAAGAUACGGCUUCAGCAGCACUGGAUUCAGCCUUUGCCUUGCUGCCUGUGGAGUGCAAUGGGCUGUGAUUGUGGAUGGGUUCCUCUUCCAUUUCUCAGAUGGACAAAUUAAGAUAAAUCUGCAAAGCUUCUUAGCAGCUGUUAUGAGUAUCGCUGCGGUGUUGAUUUCAGCUGGCGCAAUCCUCGGCAAAGCCAACCUGAUGCAGCUGCUCUGGAUGGCUCUGGUGGAGGUGACUGUUUUCGCUGUGAACAGAUGGCUUGCUGUGGAUAUCCUGGGGAUUAAGAGCCACACGAGCCUGAUGCAUGUCCAUUUAUUUGGGACCUACUUUGGCUUGACAGUCUCCUGGAAGCUCUGCCCUUCCUCACUCAGCCCAAAGGUUGAGAAAGAACGAUCACAACCUGUCUCCGAUAUGUUUGCAAUGCUAGGUACUCUCUUCCUCUGGGUGUUUUGGCCCAGCUUCAAUUCUGUGCUGAUAGAGGAUGGAAGGGAGAAACAGGCCGCUAUCUGCAACACCUAUUUUGCAAUGGCUGCAAGCGCUGUUGCUGCCUUUUCACUCUCAGUGGCUACGAGCAGCGAUGGAAAGUUCCGCAUGACCCACAUCCGGAACGCCACUCUCGCCGGUGGUGUUGCUCUUGGCUUCUCUGCUCCCAUCAUCCAACAUCCUUGGAUAGCAAUGACUUUGGGUCUGGCAGCUGGGGCAGUCUCUGUACUUGGCUUUGCCUUUUUACAGAAGCGCCUGCAGCUGGCACUCUGGUUUCAUGACACUUGUGGAGUUCAUUACACGUUUGGCUUCCCCAGCUUGCUUGGAGGGAUCGCCCACAUUAUUCUUCUCAUAAUAGACGGCCGGGAAGACCUAUCAGGAAUGGCUUAUUCGACUUUGAGUGAACUUGGUGCAUUUGCCCUGAGCAUGGCCUUGGGUCUGAUAGCUGGUCUUGUUACAGGUUUCUUCUUAACUUGUAAAUUAUGGAGAACACCUCCUGUAACAAAGUAUUUUGAUGAUCAAGCUUAUUGGGAGUUCCCUCAUUUAGCUGUUGGAUAUUGAAUGUAACCAUCAGGCUGCAGUAGAUCAGUCAAGAAAGAAUUAUUUUGCUAUCUACUGCCACAAGAAUGUGAAAAAGUGAGACUUAACUCCAUUUCAUUAAAACCAUUCAGAAGCUGUGUUAAUCUUUUCUGGUAAAAAACACUUGUUUGCAAGGCUUAAUGAACCACCUUACUGUUCCAUUGCCAUCCACCUUACUUUCUAUAAGGCACAUCCUUUUAUGGCUUAUCCUGCAGGAUGCUUAGGAUUUUAAUGGGGGAAAUAUUAAAUUUGGAUCUUACCUCAAGGCUACUCCCUCCUCUCCAACAUCCUUAAGUGCAGUGGUUUUUAAGACUUUCCUCUCUCACUUUCUACACUGAGUUCUGUUGUAGAACGCUUGCCCCCUUGCAGAAGAUUCUAGCGGGCAUUUUCUAGAGGGUGCACCCUCAAGAAAUUUCAUUUGUUGUCUCAUUUAAAGAAUGUGCCCUGAAGUUGCAGGGCAAAUAUUGGUAAUUUGUCUGAAGGUGUUGCACACUGUUAUAAGUUAAGCAGAAUGCAUUGUGUGAUGUAUGGAGCUAGAUGUUCUAUAAUAUACUAUGUCUAUAUUUACAUAAUUUUAUAUCCCCGUAUACCUGCCAUCUUUUCCUAUUGCUACUGUUGUCUUUAAUUUCCCAAUUAACCCUAUGAAUGAAUAAUGCCUCUGCCCCAAAACUUCAAAAAUAAAGAAAACACAGUGGGAGCUGAAUUGAACUGCCGAUAACUAUUACAAAUGAACAGAACAUUAUAAAUCUGCCUAUACAGCACCGUCAUAAAGUUACCACUGAUAAGAGCCAUAGUUUUCAGAAGUCACAGGCCCAACAAACUCCAGAAGCAUGAUGGAGGGAAACAGCAUUCCAAGGGACAGCCAGUAUUUACUCAAGUCUCCCCAAGGAAGAACAAACAACAUCCUGAUAAUGCAGACGUUUCCUGCAAUGAGGCAAAUCAGCCUUUCAUGCACUGGAGAACUUUGGGAAGUACACAGAGAGAACAGAGGAUGAGACGGAGAUCAUCAAUUUCUUAACCUGAGACAAAAAGGUGUAAGAACCCCAGAGGGACAGAGCCGUUUGCAGGCAAGACCUCUGUACUCCAGGAGGUAUGAGAACUUCCACCAUGCCCAGCUCUAUUUGUCCAUCACUCUGACUGCUAGGUUGACCAAAGAGAGAGAGAGAGAGAGAGAGACAGAAUGUAUGUAUGAAAACUCUGUAACUUUGAUUUCUGAACUGUAUUCAAUAAAUGGGGCAGUUUGCCUCCCCUUCAUAUAA